GUAGACCCCGCCCCUUUCUUCCCCUAAGACUUGUAGCUUAUAGAAGUAGAUAGGAGUUAACUACUUUACCCCCGUUUUUAUGUAUCGUUAGUUUAAUAACGGUACUUUUAUAUAUAUACAGAUAUUAUAGAUCAAAUUUUAGAUAUUAGAAAUGGCAAAAACAUACGAUUAUCUGUUCAAACUGCUGCUGAUCGGAGAUAGCGGAGUGGGCAAGACCUGCCUACUGUUUCGGUUCAGUGAGGACGCUUUCAACACCACCUUUAUUUCCACAAUAGGAAUCGACUUCAAAAUUAGAACGAUUGAGUUGGACGGGAAGAAGAUCAAGCUUCAGAUCUGGGAUACAGCAGGACAGGAGAGGUUUAGAACCAUUACUACAGCGUACUACAGAGGAGCGAUGGGCAUCAUGCUGGUUUACGACAUCACUAACGAGAAGUCGUUUGACAACAUUAAAAACUGGAUCAGAAACAUUGAGGAGCACGCGUCGUCCGACGUGGAGCGAAUGAUUCUGGGAAAUAAAUGUGAUAUGAACGAUAAGAGGCAGGUGUCUAAAGAGCGAGGAGAGAAGCUAGCCAUUGAUUACAGUAUCAAGUUCUUAGAGACGAGUGCGAAGUCCAGCACUAAUGUGGAAGAGGCUUUCUUCACUCUCAGCAGAGACAUAAUGACCAGACUCAAUAGAAAAAUGAAUGAGAAUAAUCCAGCGGGAGGAGGACCGGUGAAGAUCACGGAGAACCGAUCCAAAAAGCCCAGUUUCUUCCGCUGCUCUCUCCUCUAAUCCUGACACUCCUACAACCUCAGCGUGUGUGUGUGUGUGUGUGAAUGUGAGUGUGUGUGAGUGUGUGUUAAGGGCUUGUUUGUGAGUUUUUAAGCUCAGUGUUGGGUUAUGUAGAUCUGCCUACUAAACCUCCGGAGUGUGAGCUGCUGCUGAGAGCUGACGGACUGGUGGAGUGAUGGAGUGAUAGAGCGAUGAAGUGAUGGACCAACAGAAUGACAGCUGGACUGACUGACUAACGGAAUGACGGACUGGUGGACUGACAGACUGACUGAAAGACAGUCUUAUUAGUCUUACUACAGUCUUAUUACUGCCCCUUAUUAAAGCUCCUAAAGGCACUUUUCUUAGGAACAGUGUUAAAAACACACUGUAACUUUAGUUACAGUUUAGUUAUUUUAUAUAUUUUAAUUUUUUUUACUGAAGAAUUAUGAAGAAUUUUGAAGGAAGAAAAAGUACUGCAGAGAUAAGGCUGAGGAUGAGGGAUGAGUAUUUAGCUUGUUUAGGCAGAUCAGUACUGAAAUAAAUGUUCUGUGUUUUGAGUCAAGAACUAAAAGAUAUGAAGGAUUUCCUAACAUGGCCCUAUCACAGAAAACACAAUUUCCCUCACUUUCCUGUAUUUUUCACACUAUAAGCUGCACUAUCAAUGAAAGUCUAUAUUCUGGUCUGUUUUUAUACAUAAAGCGCACUGGACUAUAACUGGAUUAUAAUUCGCAUUUUAAGAUACAAUAUAAGGAACGUUAAUUCAGUAGGUCUUUCCGCUGGGUGGUGGUGCGGGGUAAUAAAGCUAAGCUAAGUAAACAAAACUGUAAUAAAAAAAAUGCUGGAUGGUAAUCUACACAGAUUUCUCUUCUGAAAACUGUUUAUUUGGGUGAGUAAAGCACUUCCGGUUAUUUACAGUAAACUUAGAUUCACGAAUUUCUGCAGCAUUAAGGCUGGAGCAUUAGCAUUAGCAGCUAAUCGCUAGCAAUAGUGCUACACUGAGAAAACCCGAGUGAUCUGGUAAACUAGGGCGAUAUUAGCCAGCGGUUCGUCCUACGUAGCUUGUUUUAACACGGUAAACACACAGACUACAGUCUGAUAUACUCACCUCUGAAUGGCCCUUAGUGUGGUUAGCAGCUAAUGCUGAUGCUGCUCCAGCAGUGCUAGCCGGGGAUAGCAGCAGGCUACAGGCCGAUAAUACUCACCUCUGUACAUAGAAAGAGCUAGCAUGGUUAGCGGCUAAUGCUAAUACUGCUCCAGUCUGGGUGCUGGAGAACUAAACUGAAACUCCUGUAUAACUCAGGGGCACUAGAUUAUAAGGAGCUCUGAUGAUUUUUUGAAAAAUUAUAGAAUUAUAAAAUUAUAUUUUAAGUGCACCUUAUAGUGCGGAAAAAAAUGUGACAUUGCCAUACAUAAUUGUGCGAUAUUAGAAAAUACAGGAUAUUUUGUCCGAUUUCACAAGAUGUUUGUGAUCAAACACGUUAUAGUAUUAAUACGCAUUAUGGGUAUGCAGGAUUAAGUAAAAUUAUAUCGGAUCAGAAAGCAACAAUUAUAUUUUUGUCCAAAACCAAACAAAAUGAAACAAACAUUUGGGCAAAGGCUGAAUAACUAACAUAUUUUUUGUCAGGUUUUUGCUAAUUUGUUAAAAGUCUUGCUGAAGUGGGAAACUGUGUCAAAAAAUGUGUAAAAAAGAAUGAUGACAGUUUUUGAAACUUGAACCUGCACAAACGGUAUAAGUGCACUUACAUAAAAAUAUAAAACAUAAAAAAGGAAAUGAUAAAUGAAGGAUGUGAGUGUUUUUAGGAAAAGAAAGAUGAUGUUGUUAUUGAUAGACAUUAUGUUUGAUUAUGUUUUCAGUGGAAAUGUUGUUUCGUAAGGAUUUGAAAAGAGCGAAAGUGUAGAGAGAGAGAAAAGUGCAAUAUGUUCCACAAUGCAGUUUUCAUGUCUUCCUGACUGAAAUACAAAACGAGACCAAAGUGUCCUUUAGGGUCUGUAAUCUUUUACUUUUAUUAUUUUAUUUCCCUUUAAAGAAAAGGCCACUGCUAACUGCUAACAUGUGGCUUCUGCAUGGAAACUGUUAUAGAUCCGGUUAGCAUCGUGUUAAUGCUCUUAUGCUAAUGCUAAUGCUAACCGGCCCUACAGUCCCUCCUGCUGUAGUUGGUUAGUUUUACCCUGUGUUACGUUGGCAGGCGACCAUUCAUUUUCUAUGGGCAGGCUUGCCAGGUCUAACAAAAAUUUCCAGCCCAAAGUCAGUCUAAAACCCACCCCCUUCAGCAGCCUAAAGUAGCCCAACAUAUAUAUAUAUAUCUGUCACACAUUUAAAGCAAAUGGCAAAACAACUUAUUUUUAUGUGAUUAAUAAUAUUUUUAGUUUUUUUUUGUUCUAUUUUUUAGUUAUUAGUUCUUUUAUAAAAGUUUUCUAUUCCAGCCAAGAACAUUUAAUAGUAACAUAUUUAGCAAAAAGUAACUUUUACUUUUACUUUUCUGUUCUUGCCCCUCCUGAACUUUCUUCACUUUUUUUUUUUUUUUCAUCGCCUGGUAAUUUUUGGUUACAUUCUGAUUUUUGUUUUUUUGUGAGUUUUUUCUUGUUUGUUGGCGGUUGCGGUAAAUUUUAAAAGUAGCCCAAAAACGCCCCCCUGCCACCCCUGAUUUUUUUUUUUUUUUUCUGAAUUUGGGAAAACCGCGAACCUGGCAACUCUGCCUGUGGGAGGGCACAAUUUGUAGCUAUGUCACUGUGAAGCGACAUUGUACACUGAUUGGCCAAAUAUUAUAAUAUGAAUUAUAGCCGCUGAUUAUUCCUCUCCUGUUUUAUAUGAUGCAUUUUUGCACAAAUUCAGUAGCAGUUUGAAGGAAAAUGAAGCGUGGAAGAAAGUAGUGGAUGGCUCAACAGGUAGCUUGCUAGCAUGCUAACCGGCCACAUCAAUACACACCCACUAGCCCAGUAGGGACAAAUGUGGGGCGAAACCACAAACCACUUAUCUCCUGCCAGUGUGAACGCAGGGUUAGUGUUUUUUUAUUUUAUAUAAAAUGAAGUAUAUUCCAUUUACUGAUUACAGAGGCGCAUUGUGUACCGACAGGGGAGACUAGUAUCCGAACGCUUUUUGAAGCAGCAGCCUGAAUAUUAUUAAUGCACAUUAUUAUGUUUACUAAUAUUAUUCUAUUUUUAUACUUUAUCAGAGGAAGCACCUGUUACUUACCUGAACCACUGCAUACAACCAACCACUGUACCUGUACCUGUUAACCUCUUCUAAUUUUUAUAUAAUGUAUACAUAUCUGAGUUUCAGUGUAUUUAAAGUGUUAACGAUUUACCUUUUUCUAAUUCAUCUUUUUAUAUAUAUAUAUAUAUAUAUAUAAAUAAUCUAAAUCCUUAAGUGUGAAUUUAUGGUGUAGUGUUUACAUCAUCACUGCAACAGUAUUGUUUUCUUUUCUGUUUUUUCUUUGUCUUUGCACUAUUUAGGCCUAUUACUCUAAUAACUCUUUUUUGUUGUUGUUGUUUUGUUUUUUAGACGAUAUAUUUGUGCUUAGCAAUAUUACUGUCAUUUUUGAUACCACUGAUUUAAUUACACUAUUUAAAUAUUUACACCAUCUUAAUAAUUAGCAAUAUUUGGGAGCAUCAUCAGGUUAAAUCCCAAGAAUCACUGUUUUUGCAUCAGCAGCCGGAGUCAGAGAGAGAGAGUACAGUUGGUCAUGCUGUUAUUUCUGAGUGGGUACAGUAGGAGGCGUUCUCUCUCCUCACUCAUCACUUCUAAUUUAAUAUACACAAAAUAAGAUAUUUUAAUUCUAUUCCACAUUCUACUAAUUUUCUUUAAGGGUGCACGACUGCUCGAGUUAUAUUGGAUUGGUUUGGGCCCGACUGAGCCCGCCCCUGAUCAGCAUAAUAGUCAUAGGUAUUCUUCAUGACCUUGGUGGUCCAGAUUUAAAUAUGCAUGCUGGCUCAUAUGCAUAUUAUCAUUAUCAUCACCAUUAAGAAUGUAACGAUGACAGCACUUCGUCUCCCAAUCAGACUGCUCUUAAUUACUAUCUCUGAAUAAUGGAUUUAAUGCUUUAAUCUUCUGUUUCUUCUAUAAAAAGUGUUUUUUUUUUUUACACGUCUUCCUCAACUCCUUUGUCUAUAUGAAUAAAUAUAUAAUCAGUGUGAGCUGAUAUUGUAUAAAAAUUAAACUAUCUUUUGUAAGUAAA